GUAUGUGGUAGUGAAUAGCGUGUGAUCAAACUUGGAGUGUAUUCUGACUCCCUCUGGUGCCUUAUCCUCAUUAUGACAAGUUUAUUUAGUGCAAGUUAUUACGAGAGUUGUCAAGGCUGUUUUCCCUAUCUAAGUGAUAUAUCAACAUGUGCAUCACUAACGGACAAAUAAAAACACCCAUGAGGACUCAACUAACAACCCAAACAAACUCUGAAAACAAAAAUAAUGUGAGAACAAAUAAUAAGAAAACAAAAAAGACAAAUAUAGGGGAUAGAAAUCAGGAGAACAUCUGGCAACUGUGGCAAUCGCGCAAUCUCUCAGUGUUACUUCAGGAGUCAGACGGGAAGGGUGUGCGCGUCUAUCCUCUUACUGGCGUUCCUCAUGUGCUUUCCCCAGUGCUUGAAGUGACACGGGAGCGACACACGCCUGUCACAAGUGCGCUAAAGUGUAAAUAAAUCCCCGGGAGGAGGAAUUACAACCACUGGCGCCACUGUUCCCGUAGAGGCAGUUUGCAUUGAUGUGGUGACAGUCCGUAAGCACCAGUACGAGCCUCCUUACUCACCAGUGGGUUUGGCUCACCACCUCCUGGAAUGAAUUGAUUUAAAAACGCUACCCGAAGACGCCACUCUGGCAGGGCUGAGCAAGGUGGCUUGGGGGCAGUUUGGCCAAGCCGGCUCCCACCAGCAGUGCCUCAAACCGGGUGCAUCAGCCCCUCCCACUGCCAGGGCAGAUAUCGUAGCACAUGCUCACCAACAGCCUGUCAGUCAUGGGUGAAGUUGAUAAGCCGUUUGGAUGCCCCCAGCCAGGAUGUGGGAUGAGCUUCACCAACGAGGACCAUCUCACAGUUCACCGGCGCCGUCACGAGAUGCAGUUGACGGUGAAUGGGGAGCACCACACACCCUCUCUAGUCAAGCACACCGGCUUCAUUAUAGACCAGACACCCACGCCGACAAGGUUCCUGCGACAGUGUGAGGAGGUGGGGCUUUUCCAAGAAAUUAGCUUGAAUCCUUUUGACGAGCAGUUCCGGAGAGCGUCCCUGCUGAGAUCCCACCACUCCAUCACUGAGUCCAUCGGGGGUAGCGAGAGUCUGGACACCCCAAGAGUCCUUCCCCCGCCAGCAGAUUCUGAUGAGACCAUCUCCUCCACCUCCCGCGAUGACAUCUGUGGCACCACCUCCACCACCACUAUCACUUCCACCCUAACCACCUCCAGCCACGCCUACGUCCCGCCUCAGACUGCCACCACCACCUGCCCUGCCUCCCUCGCUGCAGCCAGAGUGUUGGAUGUGGUGGAGGAGGAGGCGGAUCGAGGAGAUGGGGCCACACGGCGUCUCUCCCUCAAUGUGUCCUCAGCAGCAGAGGCUGGCCAGCAGUCCAGUUCUGUCAUCUCCACACCAACGCCUGUCAUCACUGCGGGGCCAUCAGUCACACAGUCCUUAGGCGCUGUGGAGAUCGGCAAUGCGACCUCUGUGAAGGUUGGGGGAGUGGGCCCAGCCUCAGCGCAGCAGCCAGCCAUCUGUGCUGCCCCCAGCAGUGUGCCACCCUCACCAAGUGCCACAGUCCUUCAGCUUCUCCUCAGGUUACCAAACGGCCAGGCCAUCCCAGUGGAGAUUCCCGCCACUCCCGUUGUGUCAUCAUCCACUCAGAGCGGCACCACCACCAACAGCUCCACCACCACUACUGUCUCUUCUAUGGUAGCAUCACCUCCAAACCCUCACGACAAGUCACCUCAACAGUCCCUUGCCAAAAUGAAGCUGAAACAAGUAUUAGCCUCAAGCAGCACAGCAGCACGGCCCGGCAGCAGCAGGACUUCCAGAGCCAACACAGCGGACCGCAUCGCAGAAAUGACAAGAUCGCGCAACUUCAGUGGCACAAGCAGCACUGAGGUGGCUGGUCAGGGCUGUGGUGUGUUUGUGGGUGCUGAGGGAGAGUGUGAUGAUGACAGUGUGUCUGCCAACCCCACCAAGGGAGAGAGGAAGAGGCGAAAUUCAUCAGACAAUGAAGAUCCGGCUGAAAAGAGAAAGAAAUUCCUGGAAAGAAACAGAGCGGCUGCUAUCCGGUGUCGGGAAAAGAAGAAAAAAUGGAUAGAGAAUCUUUCAAUGAAGUACGACGAGUUGGGAAGCAUCAACCAGAAGCUGCAGUCGGAGGUGUCGUCCCUGCGCUCUGAAGUUGCCGUCCUGAAGUCCAUGUUACUUCAGCACAAAGACUGCCCAGUGACUCUUGCCAUGCAGGGAGAUGGUACCCUUGAUGGAAUGAACGGGAGCUGCGGGCCGGCCCCCCUUGCCCCCAUGCUGGUGCCGGCGCCGGAGCCGUCCCUUGCACACAAACCACGCACACGUUCCCUCUCCCUGCCCUCCAUCCCCUCCUCGGAGAACAUCCCCGUGGAUCCCCUCCCAGUGAACCUGUCUUGCUGUGUGUAUGCCUCGCCUCCCGCCACCACCAUUGUCACGUCUGCCUCCUCCACUUCUUCCCCUUCCACCAAGGUGAGUGCAGUGCCUCCAGGUGUGCUGGGGAGGACAGGCACAGCAUCAGUCAGUCCUGUUAACCUAACCAGUAGUUUGAUCACCACCAACCAGCACCCAUCCCCUCACAGCCCUGCUACCUCCAUUGCCCGCAUCAUAAAGAUUUCCUCAGGGCAAGUGUCCUCCCCACAAACCCAGCUUCUUGCCCCAGCUGUGGUGCCCUCCACACUCACCACAGGAGGACACACAGGGAAAGUGAGCAAGAUUGUGCUGGGCCAACCAGAAAUCUUGACAACGGACAUCAACCUGAUGAACGGAGCCCCAAACGUCAUCAUGGCAGCAGCGGCUCCCGUCAGCACCACCGCCUUGCCUCAGCCACAACUCCUCAACCUCACCCUGCAGGCGCCGCAGAGCAAGGCGUCGUCGUCAGUCCUCCGCAAAUCUAACUAGAAUUAGGAUUAACAAAAGUACAAUAAGUUGAUUUUCUACCACACUCUUUGAGGUGAACCUUGCUCAAAGGUUCUUGCUGUUGAAGAUAGUUUGUAAGAUUUAUACUUUAUAUAGAUAACAGAUUUUCUAAAAUACAAGAAAAAUAUGCAGACAGGUUUUAGUGUGAAUCUCCCCUAUGUUGAAUAUAUAUUAUUUUAGCAAUGUAAAGAAUAUCACAGUUGUUAAAGUUUGUUUAAAUUAUUAUGACAAAAGAUAGCAAUACUGUUUAUGUAAAUUUUAUUAACUAACAAAAUUAUGCCUUACCCUAAAAGGGUAUAAGCAAACAAGAUUGCAAUUGCUUUUCAAUUUAACUGAAAGGUGCAAAUAAACUUGUUCACACAA